AUGGACUCGCCAAGUGAAAGUCAGAUUCUUUCCCGACAAAACAUGGAAGAUUUCAAGGACAAGAACCCUCCUGUUAUGUCUGAACCUCAAAGAUCCGUUCUUGUCAAGACAACCGGAGAGUAUCAGUACCGUUGCAAGUCAUGUAACGAAGGAACCAGUUGCAGGACAGUGAGGUCAAGAACCAAGCUAAUGAACAUUCUAAUAGAACGUGGACGACCUCACGAGGCGCAGACCCUUUUCAAAACCUUGUCGGAGACAGGACACAGACCGUCUUUGAUCACUUACACAACUCUCUUAGCUGCAAUGACGGUACAGAAGCAGUACGGUUCCAUAAGCUCCAUAGUCUCUGAAGUUGAACAGAGCGGGACAAAGCCUGACUCCAUCUUCUUCAACGCGGUGAUCAACGCUUACUCCGAGUCCGGUAAGGUCGAAGACGCAGUGCAGGCGUUGAUGAAGAUGAAAGGGCUUGGUCUGAAUCCGACCACGAGUACUUACAACACUUUGAUCAAAGGGUAUGGGAUCGCAGGGAGGCCUGAGAGAUCGUCUGAGCUGUUGGAACUGAUGUUGGAGGAGGAUAGUGUUGAUGUAAGGCCGAAUAUAAGGACGUUUAAUGUGCUUGUGCAAGCUUGGUGUAAGAAGAAGAAGGUGGAGGAGGCGUGGAGAGUGGUGGAGAAGAUGGAGGAGUGUGGUGUUGAGGCGGAUACGGUGACGUUUAAUACGAUUGCGAGUUGUUAUGUGCAGAGAGGGGAGACGGAGAGAGGUGAGAGAGAGGUGGUUGAGAAGAUGGUUAAGGCUAAACCGAAUGGAAGAACGUGUGGGAUUGUGGUGGGAGGGUAUUGUAGAGAAGGGAGAGUGAGAGAUGGUUUGAGGUUUGUGAGGAGGAUGAAGGAGAUGAGAGUUGAAGCUAAUCUUGUGGUGUUUAAUUCUUUGAUUAAAGGCUUUGUUGAGGUCAUGGACCGUGAUGGUAUCGAUGAGGUUCUUACCUUGAUGAAGGAGUGUAAGGUGAAAGCAGAUGUAAUCACCUACAGCACCGUGAUGAACGCAUGGAGCUCAGCCGGAUACAUGGAGAAAGCAGCACAAGUCUUCGAACAAAUGGUCAAAGCAGGAGUCAAACCAGACGCACACGCUUACAGCAUCUUAGCCAAAGGCUACAUAAGAGCCAAAGAGCCCCAAAAAGCCGAGGAGAUUCUCGAAACCAUGGUCGAAUCCCGCCCCAACGUUGUCAUCUUCACCACAGUGAUCAGCGGAUGGUGCAGCAUCGGAAGCAUGGAGGAUGCAAUGAGGGUUUUCAACAAGAUGUGCGAGUUCAACGUCUCGCCGAAUAUAAAGACGUUUGAGACUUUGAUGUGGGGUUACUUGGAAGUGAAGCAACCGUGGAAAGCUGAAGAGGUUUUGCAGAUGAUGAAAGGGUUUGGUGUGAAGCCUGAGAACUCUACUUUCGUGCUGUUAGCUGAAGCGUGGCGUGUCGCGGGGCUUGGUGAUGAGUCGAACAAAGCUAUCAAUGCGUUGAACUCGUGUGCCGAUUAUAUGUCAGAACCAGAAGCAGUGUCAAGGUCAGUUUGGGAUUAG